GGUUCCUCGAGAAUGCACACUGGGUAGGAGCGAUGAUGCUGCCCAUUCCAGGGCUGUCCAGGGUUUCUCCUGUCGCGCGUGGAUUUACACUGCUGUGCCACGCUCGGAGAACCGGGAUUUGGAGCUCCCGGAGCCAGAGAUGGGGGCUUCUGGUGCGAUGCUGCGGGACGAGCGAGGUAAGCAGCUCGAAAGCUCCCCCGCCGGCAGUGGAUUACCAGACGCCCUUUGCGAAUCCGCUCGAAGGAUUGGCAGCAUUGAUUGCAUUGAGCACUUCCGGGAAGAUUAUAGGCAAGGACGCUCACGGGAAUAUCGUCGUCAAGGACGCGGAGGACGCUGGGAAUGCGGGGUCUGGCGUGAAGGAAGUGAAGGAAAAGAAGAAAGCUGUCGCUAAGGUUCCAAAGAAAGAGGAGGAGCUCAAGAAGAAAGAUAUACGUUCUCCCAAGGUGAAAAAGGUGCCGACUCCAGAGCCAAAGUUCUCCAAAGCUGCUAGGAGGUUCUUCAACAUGAGAUUCCGGAAAGCUGAAAGAUUGAGCAAAGUUAUGGCGGCUGCUGGAGUGGCAUCGAGGCGUGCUUGCGAAGAGAUCAUAUUUGCUGGCAAGGUUGUUGUGAAUGGUAAAGUUUGCAGGACACCCGAGACUCAUGUAGAUCCACUGAAAGAUCUUAUAUACAUUGACGGGAAGCCAAUUCCUCGGAGGCUGCCUCCAAAAAUGGUUUUCGCUCUGUACAAACCAAAAGGCUACAUUUGCUCUGAUGCCAAGGAUGACAAGAAAACAGUCUACUUACUACUUGAAAAGUACCUUAAGACAUGGGAAAAAAAUAACCCGGGACUAACAAAGCCUAGAUUCUUUACAGUCGGUCGCUUAGAUGUUGCCACAACUGGUCUUAUAUUCGUUACGAAUGACGGUGAAUUUGCUCAAAAGGUUUCGCAUCCAUCGUCGGGUAUCACAAAAGAGUAUCUUGUUACUGUGGAUAAUGAAAGUGUCACAAAGAGGCAACUAAAAAGAAUAGCAAGUGGAACAGAGAUUGACGGGGUUAUGUGCGUCCCAAUCUCCGUCGAGCUUGUAAAGUCGGAGCCAGGAGAUAGCAGGCAUAGAAUACGUGUUGUCGUUACGGAAGGACGAAAUCACGAGGUACGGCAGCUGGUAGAGAGUGCAUUUCUCAAGGUUCAUGCUCUCAAAAGAGUUCGCGUCGGUGGACUGCGUCUCCCUUCCAAGCUAAGUUCUGGGAUGUUCAUUCAACUAACACAGUCCCAAAUCAAACAAGUGGUUGAGAGGGAUCCAGUGCUACUCGAAACCGGACGGGCUCCAUUGCCGCUUGCAAGCUCUGCAAGUGGCAGCAAAGAUCUGGUUCUACAGGAGGAGGAGAAGAGCGCAGCCGUGGCGGCCAAGAAUUACCCACUUACGAUCGAGCGGAAGGAGGUCCAAGCGAUCAUCGAGUCCAACAAGAUCAAGCCAUUGAUGAUGGAAGAAGUAAGGAGGGUGGUGAGUGUUCGUAAACAGCAUCCUACAAGACGGGUUCGUGCAGUGGUUUUCAAGUGAAAUCUUUUCUUCCUUGUUUUGUGCUCCUGACCGAUUUGCCUGUAUAAACAACGAAGAUUGCGCGCCAUCGCUUUACGUU